AUGGCCGCGAUAUCGUCUGAGCUCACAGGUCUACCGCCGACUCUGUGCGAGUAUCUAGAGACAAGAUUCGAAUACUUCAUCAACACUCAAGACUUCUUCCUGCGAAUGCCUUCCGCCAAGUACGAGAUUAUCCAGAUGCGACUUAUCAUCCUCCCAACCCUAAGACUCGAGCAGCUGUAUUCUCAGCACCAAAUUCAAUGUCCGUUCUCAGCAACUGGAUCCGGGGACAUCAAGAUCAAGCGAAGUGACCUCAAGCCUGACAAUCAGAUCAGAUGCCAAAACCUGAAAAGGCUGGUCCUAGUUUCGUAG